AUGGCAUUGCCGGGGUGGGGGCGCGACGAUGCUGCUGCUGCUGGUGUUGCUGUUACGGCGGCAGCGAAGGCAGGGGGUGGUGGGGCCACCCAAUCGGGCAGCUUGACAGGCGAUGAUAUGGUGACUGAGGCGCGCGCUGAAAGAAUAACAAUGUCGAGCUUAACUCCCACCAUGUCUCGGAUAAAACUAGACAAGUGCCGAGGCACCCUCCUGCGAGCUGACCUCGUUGCUGCUGCUUUAUUGCAAAUUGUAGGCUUCAAUAUGCCCUCAGCCGAGUUGUGGAAUAACAGUAUUCAGUUUUUUCCCGGGAACUUCAACUUGGAACACCCGUAUACCGAUGAGUGGUUAAGAAUUGGGAAGCUUUACGAAGAACGACAAGAGUGA